UUCACGCACCUCCUUCUAAUCUUUGUUUUCACACACUCUCCCAUCAAACUUCCGCAGAUAGUGCAAAGGAAAGGAGAAACAAGUAUGGCUCUCGGAAAAUCAAGUAAGCUUUCUCAAACGGCGGUGAUCAAGCAGAUUGUGAGGAGGUGUUCGAGCUUUGGCAAGAACAGGCACGCUUCCGAUCAAGAAGGCCUUCCUCUGGACGUGCCCAAAGGCCACUUCGUUGUGUACGUCGGCGAGUGCAGAAGCAGGCAUGUCGUCCCCAUCGAUUUCUUGUCCAGACCCGAAUUUCAGAGCCUGCUCCAGCAAGCCGAGGAACAAUUCGGGUUCCACCAUGAAGCGGGCUUGACGAUACCUUGUGAAGAAGAAGAGUUCGUGUCUCUUUGCUUUGGCCGCAAGGGAGAGUUACAGUAUCCGAAACCCAGUCGCAGAUAGAGAAAAGGUGGGCAUGGGUUUGGCUUGGCGUUCUGGGUUUAUUUUUCUUCCGUGAUUGGUGUUCGGUUGGGCAGACAUGUGAAUCAACGGUCUAGUUUCAGAAUUUCCUCACGUUGGUGUGGAGUGGAAGGUGUGCCAUUGUACCUACCUACCCUGUGAGAAAACCUAAUUGUACUGAUUUUUGGCACUCUGUUUCCCUUAGUUGAGUGUUUGCUCUCUCCCUCAAAUCCACACCGACAUCCACAAUUAGGUAUACAAAUAGCACCUAACCAUCAGCCAUGUUUGUUAAAGUAUCAUCUAAAUUUAAAGACGUCAUAAAGUUGUUAUGUGUGAAUCUGCGAGUUGAAACUUGUCCACUGUGGAGGUUUCAGGCGUUGAUGGGUAAGAAAAAAGAAAAA